AUGCCGGGCAUUUUGGUAAUUUCGCGUGGUGGGGGUAUAAAAGGGCCGGCUCCCCUGGUGAACCCUAGCCGCUCGCCCCGCCCUGCCGUCUCGCCCGUCCUGCCGCCCGCCGUCUCGCCCGCCCCACCGCCCCGCCCCGCCCCGCCCGUCCCGCUCGCCGCGGCCUCCUUUCCUCCCCCGCGCCCCCCUUCUCCCACCUCGCCGCCGCCUCCUCUCCCCUCCCGCGCCCCCCUCGCCCUGCCCGUCCAAGCUCAGGGUCGAGGGUCGCACCGGGUCCAGGCGAGGCGGCCGUCCACUUCCCCGUCGUCGUCGCCGUCAUCCACCGCCACCGCGCCCCCACCCCCACCCCAUCCCCGCCGGCCCUGCCGCUCGCCGCGGCCUCCUCUCCUCCCCCGCGCCCCCCUUCUCCCACCUCGCCACCGCCUCCUCUCCCCUCCCGCGCCCCCCUCGACCCUCUUCCCCCCAACCCACUGCCUCCUCUUUCCCCGGUCUCCCCCAAUCCCCGCCUCCUCUCCUUCUCCUCAAUCCGUCGCCUCUCUCCUAAGCCGCCGCCCUCUCUCCUUCUCCCCCGUCUUCGGCCCCGCCCUCGCCAUCUCCCGACGCUCCGCCAAGUGGAGAACCAGGAAGGAGGAGGGACGUGAAGUGGAGAAGAGGGGGUGCGAUGGAGAAGGAGCCAAGCCCGCAGGAGAGCACGGAGCGCCGGCGCGCCCUGCCAGCCGCGGCUGCUCGCGGAGCUCCGGCAUGUGCUGCACCAUGGAGGCGCUCGUGGAGGUGCUCUCGCCUUCGGAACCACCUCGAUCCGCAUCUGGAACCAUCCUACUCGUCUCCAACUUUUCCAGCUCACCGAUGAGGACCUCGUCUCGGCCUCCUACCAGCCCCAUCCGGUUUGAUGUCGAGGAGGUUCCUACACCAAUGGUGACAGCGGGCUCUGCUGCAGAGAGUGGAAGAUUUUUGGAAUGGUGCGGACAGGUUGAGAGCAAUAGAUGUUUUUUAAGUCCUAGAUUGUUACUACCGAGAAUGGAAUUCAAGAAGAGAUACUUUUGGUGUUGUCUUAUUACCUCUCGUAUCUGAUAGAUAACACAAAGUUAUCGGUUUAGUUGGAAAAAGAAAAAGUCCAGAUCAAUUGUGAGGAUAUGAUCAUUGGCAUACUUACCCCCUGAUGAUGCCUCAUUUCUUCAGAAUUUGAGGUUGUUCUUAAUAUGCCAGGACAAUUUGAUUUUGGGAGGACAAAGGUCAGACAAGGAUGAGAAUGGGAUACCAGAUUACAACGAUGGAGGCUCGGACAUGGAUCUGCUCAUGCUCUCAGCGGGAAUACUGGAUGUUCUCGAAGCUUUGCCAUACACACGUGGUACUUUUGGCACUUGCGUGGGCUCCAGUUUGUGUCAAUGCAAUUGCAUCUGUCAGCGGCUUAUGGUGAUCAGGCUUGGUUAUUGGCCUACAUGUAUGUUUGUGUAUGGAUGUCACAAAAUUGUUAUGCGGAAAAUAAGAGUGUAGUUCAUUUCA